CAGCGGAGCCCGAGCAGGCGGAGCAGGCGGAGCGUUUCUCUUUUAUUUUGUCUUCGUCCUCAAGAAAAGCGCCAAAAAAGGAGCUAAUUCGACGGGAUUUAUCAGUAGUGGCCGUGUUACAGAGCGAAGUGCGUCUUUCGAGCUGAGUUUGGGCAGACGUUCUCAGCCUAGCCGCCUCCGAACUCCGCACGAUGUGACCUGAAGAUGUUGCCGGAUGUGCCGAAUAAAACUGUCUCGGGUCUGGACGAGCUGAAAGAAGAAGACUGGAUGAGCGGUCUCUGUUCAGGACGAGCUGAAAGAAGACUGGAUGAGCGGUCUCUGUUCAGGACGAGCUGAAAGAAGACUGGGUGAGCGGUCUCUGUUCAGGACGAGCUGAAAGAAGAAGACUGGAUGAGCGGUCUCUGUUCAGGACGAGCUGAAAGAAGAAGACUGGAUGAGCGGUCUCUGUUCAGGACGAGCUGAAAGAAGACUGGAUGAGCGGUCUCUGUUCAGGACGAGCUGAAAGAAGACUGGGUGAGCGGUCUCUGUUCAGGACGAGCUGAAAGAAGACGACUGGGUGAGCGGUCUCUGUUCAGGACGAGCUGAAAAAAGACUGGAUGAGCGGUCUCUGUUCAGGAUGAGCUGAAAGAAGACUGGGUGAGCGGUCUCUGUUCAGGACUAGCUGAAAGAACAAGACUGGAUGAGCGGUCUCUGUUCAGGAUGAGCUGAAAGAAGAAGACUGGGUGAGCGGUCUCUGUUCAGGACGAGCUGAAAGAAGACUGGGUGAGCGGUCUCGGUUCAGGACGAGCUGAAAGAAGAAGACUGGGUAAGCGGUCUCUGUUCAGGACGAGCUGAAAGAAGACUGGGUGAGCGGUCUCUGUUCAGGACGAGCUGAAAGAAAAAGACUGGGUGAGCGGUCUCUGUUCAGGACGAGCUGAAAGAAGACUGGGUGAGCGGUCUCUGUUCAGGACGAGCUGAAAGAAGACUGGAUGAGCGGUCUCUGUUCAGGACGAGCUGAAAGAAGACUGGAUGAGCGGUCUCUGUUCAGGACGAGCUGAAAGAAGACUGGAAGUCAGAAGGCCGAAAAACAGGGAAACCCAUGGAGCGGCAUCCCAGCCUCGUUAGUCUUUGGCUGCAGCUGGAGCUUUGCGCGAUGGCUGUGCUCUUAACGAGAGGAGAAAUUAGGUGUUACUGUGAUGCCCCCCACUGUGUGGCUACUGGUUACAUGUGUAAGUCGGAGCUGAACGCCUGCUUCACACGCAUCCUAGACCCCCAAAGCUCCAAAUCCCCCCUCUCUCACGGCUGUUACGACCCUCUGCUGAACUCGGGGACUGUGUGCCGUACCGAGUCGACCUACGAUGGCCCUGCCACCCUGGAGUGCUGUCAUGAAGACAUGUGCAAUUACAGAGGCCUGCAGGAGCUCACCUACAGCAGAGGAGAAGGCCUGGACCGUAGGGGUCGUCCACAGGCCGAAAGUGGCCGUCACCUGGUGGCUCGGGUCCAGGAGAUUCCUUCAGCUAAGGAGGUGUGGUUCCGUGCGGCCGUCAUCGCCGUGCCUAUCGCAGGCGGUCUCAUUCUGGUGCUCCUGGUCAUGCUGGCCGUGCGGAUGCUGCGGAGCGAGAGCAGGCGGCUGAGACAGCAGCGCAGCGAGAUGCUGUCCCGCCUGCACUACAGCCUGCAUGGCCAGCAGCUGGCCAAAGGCCGUGGCACCGCCAAGCUGGACCUGGAGUGCAUGGUGCCGCUGGGAGGCCACGAGAACUGCUGCCUGACCUGCGACAAGAUCAGACAGUCUGACCUGAGCAGUCAGAGACUUCUGUCGCUCGUCCACUGGGGGAGGUAUAGCGGCAGAGGCAAGCUGGAGUUUGUCUGAUGGUUUUUUUUCCUUUCCUGUCUGGGACUCAUUUAGCUGCGGCUAUUUUUACAUUUUUUGCCUUCUAAAGGACAGACUGCAGAAAAAAGGAGGAAACAAGACACUUGAAAGCCUUACCCAUCUGGUUGCUGCUGUAGAAGCACUUUACUUGAAUUAGAAGCUAGAGGAGGACGUAGUGGUACUCUCUAAUAACUGAAGGAUUCCAAAAAAAAAAGACGUUUUUUACCAAUUUGCACUUUUGUAUAAAGAGACUGGUUGAGUUGCUUUAGUCUUUUUUUGUCUAGACAAGCACAUUUCUACAGACUGAACAAGAGGGACAUGACUCUUGGGAGAAAGGUGGACAUAACUUUGUAAUUUUUCAUCCUUUUCCGAUUGCUCGGAUCAGAUCAACUCCCUGUAAAGAUUUCCUCAUGUAAAUAUUACAUGCCUGAUAAGGAA